AAAAACUCAAAUGACGUCACAGAUUAAAUGCAACACUACUCAUCCGAAUCGCCGCAGACGUUCUCAGUUUCUCAACUUCGUCGAGGCUGUGAGAAAGUUACCAUCACACUUUUCAGCAACUGCCAUUCUGCUGUUAGGUUGGUUCUUUUUCCUAAGAUAAUAUGGGUGACCAAGCAGAAGCAGAUGAACGAGCCCGCCGACGGGAAGAAAGGAGGAAAAAGAGAAUGCAACAGGAUCAGGAAGCUCAGCAACUUAACAGUAAAUCUUUUGAGGACGACAUGGAAGCAAUGCGUAAACGUAGAGAGGAACGACGACGACAAAGGGAGUUGGCAGCAGUAGAGAAUGGCCCUACAGAUGAGGAACUUGCACGAGAAAGGAGAAAAGAGAGGAGGGCGGCCAGGCAACGUGGAGACGCACCAGAGGAAGAGUCAACAUACGUAUCCCGCCGCCGCAGACGAGAGGAAAGAGAGGAAAACAACAAUGAAGCUGCGAAAGAAGCGGAGCCCAAAGCAGAAGAAACGCCCAAGAUAGAAACACAGGAGCAAGAGGUGGUGGAAAAUGGCGAGGCAACUGCAGAGGAGACAAUGAGUAACCAGGUGGAGGUGGAGGAGCCAGCAGUAAAUGGGAUUGUUGAGGAUGACACUCAGAAGCAUCAGGAGGAAGAAGAACGCCAACGACAGGAGGAACAACAACGUCAAGAAGAGGAAAGGCAACGCCAAACUGAAGAGGAGGAGAGGCGACGCCAGGCUGAAGAGGAGGAGAGACAACGGCAGGCAGAGGAGGAGGAAAGGCGAAGGCAAGCGGCAGCAGAAGAGCAAGAACGAAAGAGGCAACAGAAACAAGCAGAAGAGGAACGGAAGCGAAAGGAGGCCGAGGCAAAGAAAGCAGAGGCAAAGAAAGCUGAGGCAAAGAAAGCUGAGGAAGAAAGUAAAAAAGAACCAACAGAAAAAAAGGCAGCAGCACCCAAAAAGAAAUCAAGUCUUUUAGGAAAACUGGGUGGAGGCAAGAAGAAGGGCGGACUCAAGGCUAUGUUGUUGAACAAAGCAAAACAGGACUUGAAGAAAGAGGCGGCUGAAAAAGAACAGGCAAAAUUAAACUAUAUAGCUUCAAAUGUCACCCCAAUACAAACAGAAGGUUUGACUGAGGAUGAGCUAAUGGAUUUGUGCAAAUCUUUGUAUCAGGACAUUCUUAAAGUUGAAGGAGAUAUAUUUGAUAUCGAAAUUCUCAUCCGUAGACAAGAUUGGGAGAUUGCUGAACUGCAAGGCCAAGCCAAUGAAGCAAAAGGAAAAUUCAUUAAACCAAAACUGAAAAAGGUUGAAAAGCAACAACAAAAGCAACAACAAGAAAGCCAAAAUGAUCAAAUGAGAAGUGGAAUCCUGUCCUUGAAACAUACAGGACCAGCCUUGUAAUCAACAGAUGAUCAGCUCAAAAUGAAGUGACAAGACAGAUUCCAAAAAUACUUUAGGGCAGAUGCUGGCAUAUUUUUAUCGUAACAUCAAUCAAAGUCCAGCCGUGCUCAUCGUUGCGCAGUUAGGCACGUAUCUUUAAGAUAUCGGACUGAUGAACACUUAUUAUAUCAAAGUGGGUACAAGAGUAGAAUAGGCUCUUUAAUAUUAGUCAAAGUAUAAAUAAAAACUAAUAGAUUCUGCCUCUUUUUUUAUGAUUUUCAACAAAAAAAUGUUAUUACUGAAUAUCAAUCGGUGCAAGAUUUAUAGCAAGCUUUGGGUCCUUAUGUGGUUCCACAUGAUUCAAUAAUAGUAUUGUAGAUAGGUGCAGUGUUAUAAUAUGGUUUGAAUACAAAAAUGCAGAAUAAACUCCAGGCUAAUAUUUUUUACCUGUUUAAGCAGGAAACAAACUGUACUUGACCAGAUCACCGUAGAGGCUAUGCCAUACAUUUGUUGUGUAAGGUUUAGUUUGUUUAUGAAAAGUUUUUUAAAUACAUCUUUUUUUUUCUCCUAAAAUGGAUAUUUUUUUAGAAAUAAAAAUUCAAAUACUUUAUUUAAAAGUGAGAUGUGAACAUGUUUUAAGUAUUUUAAAUUUCAAGAUUAAAUUACCAGAAUUUGAGAAAAAUUAAUAUGAAUUUAGUUACAUUUAUACAAUUAGUGUUAUUCUCAUCAGAAUUCUUUGGUAAUUAUAAAUUAACUUUAGAAAUUUAAAUGGGAAAAGCAUGGGUGUAAAGAUGUUUGGUGUUACUUUACCAAAUUUAGAUAUGAAAUUAUAAUAACUGUACAAAAAAACUGACUCCAUCCUGUUUGUAAUUCCUGAUGUAUUGGGGGUCAAAUUAGUUUUAUCGGUUGUUGGUGAAAAGCAAUUUUAUAGAUAGUAUUACAUCCCUUGCACAUGUAUUUAAAACAAUUGCAAAUAUCUUGGUACUGUAGGAGAUGUGAAGUAUUAAGUAGAUUAUCCCCAUGACUAAUCCCAAGCUAAUCCAAGUAAGUAUAAUCCAAUACAUCCUUAAAAUAUGUACAUUCAAUUCAAAGGAAAGUUGCUGCCCCGGCUCUGUUUUGAAGUAUGUGCUCAAAGAAAUAGGCGCAUCAAAGCAGUACAUAAAAUAAUUAUUUGAAAUGUAAACAAGAUAAUUACAGCAACUUUCCUUUUGUUGACUUUAAUCAUUAGUAGAAAAGCAAGUACUGCUUCAAGUAUUGUAUUGAUAAUUGCCAAGUAGAUAUCAAAACUAAGUUCUAUAAGCUUGAGGUGCUAAUUACAUAUUUUCUUUAUGGUUUUUGUUUAGAAGAUAAUAAAUGUCUUUUGUUUUCUUUUUAAAGUUUUUAAAUUUCUAUGUUGCCUUGUGGUAAUAGUCUUUCGUAUAAAUAUAAAUUAAAAUUGUUUAAUGUGAAGGAUCUGAAGGAAAAUGCAUGAGACAGUGGCUCAUAAUAAUUUCAUUUUCUGUUGUAAAAAAACUUGAAAAAUCCCCAAAAAUAUACUUAGAUACCAAUUCGUUGUUUGUGCCUAACUGUGUAGGUAGAAGUAAAAAACAACUUUUUUGAGAAAGUUAUAUAACAUUGUACAGUGUUGAGAAAGUUAAUGCAUGCAUUGUAGUUUAUAUUUUACAUUUUUAUAGAUUACAGUACAGUAUAGUAAAAAAAUUGUAUCACAAAUUGUGAAAUGGACAUCAAUAAUGAAAACUCGUAAUACAGUAGUACAUAUUCUCUAUGCAUUAUUUUGAUUAUCAAUAUUUAUUUAUCAAAACAUUUCUUAUAAAUUUGAUUUUCAAAAAAUCUACAAUGCAAGUGAAUGUGGCCUUGACCUGCCGUCUGGGCCUGGGAUGCACCUCAGUUCCUGGGUGAUCGCUAUCAUGCCCAAGAUAUGACAGGUGGGGUAAACCAGAGAUAUCUUUAUGAGUAAAUAAAGGUGUAAAAAACUUACAAGAUUCCUUGCUGUUAAUUACUGAACCAGCAACUGAAACUUGUACUGUACAGGUAUUCCUCUACUUAUUUUCCCAUUUAAUUGAUCUCUGAUUUUGUUCCCCAAGUUGUUUUGAGAGCUUUUUUCAGUGUUAACUUCAGACUCAUCAAAGUUGUCAUAGUAUCUGCCUAUUCUUUCACUGAGUACUAUGUAUAAACUGACACAACUGGACUGGUUUGAACAAUAAAUUCUGCUUUAAUAGAUGUAAUAAA